UAUUUUUACUGAAUGAUUUCAAAAGGUAAUUUCCAGAUAGGGUAAUGUAAACUUCUUUCAGUUAGCACUCACUGAGUAUACAAGGACAAUAUUGUUGCGUUGAAUGGCUGCAAAAGCACAUUGUCAUGACAGGUCACUCUCUUUAGCGUUCCAGACUGACCUACACAUUAAUGGAGAUCUGACACAGCUUGUUUCAACACAUUCACACGCUGCCCCUCCCCUUGCCCAACACUGCUUUUCACCAUGGUUUCCUGUGUAAAGAUAACCAGAGCCCAUUAAAACAUUCACUCCAGCUCUAUAACAGUGAUAAUAGCUUGACAGCCAUCAUAAAGGGAGUUCUGAUAAAUGAGGUCGCCUCUUCUGGUAUGUUUUGUUGGAUUAUGUUUGUGGACGUCUGUAAUUUCACUGAAGAUCUGCGCCUUCAACAUCCAGAGCUAUGGGGAAGCAAAGGCCAGCAAUUAGAGAGUUAUGGAGAUUUUGAUAAAGAUAAUUUCUCGCUGUGACCUGAGUUUGAUCCAGGAGGUUCGUGAUUCUAGAGGUGAAGCCAUAUCUGCACUGUUGAUGAACCUGAACAGGUUUGACAAAUCUCACAUCUACACACAUUUAGAGAGUAAAAGAAUGGGGAAGAAAACAUAUAAAGAGCAGUAUGUGUAUAUUUACAGAAAAGACAUGGUAAAGGUGCAAGAGCAAUACCAGCACCCAGAGUUCAAUGAGAGCGCAGUAUUCGCUAGAGAGCCGUUCAUCAUAUGGAUCCAUUCUCCCACAACCUUGGUGAAGAACUUUGCCCUCAUUGGUCAGCACACCUGUCCUAAGAGUGCAAUGAAAGAAAUGGAGGCACUGUAUGAGGUCUUCCAAACAGUCAGGAAGAAAUGGAAAACUGAGAAUGUGAUGUUUCUGGGGGACUUAAAUGCAGCUUGCAGCUAUGUUACCAAUAAAGGACUGAAAAGCGUGCGUCUCAGGAGUGACCCAAAGUUCCACUGGUUAAUUAGAGAUGAACAAGACACUACAGUGCGUGAAAAAACAUGCUGCGCUUAUGACAGGAUUAUUAUUCAUGGCAAAGAACUCAUUUCUGGAAUUGUUCCGGAAUCUGCUCAACCAUUCAGCUUCAAAAAAGAAUUCAGUCUAUCUGAGGAAGAGGCUUUGGAAGUCAGUGACCACUAUCCUGUAGAGGUGGAUUUGAAAGCAAACCAUCGCUACUUUCUGCGCCAUGAACUGUGAAAUAAUAGAUAUCUGUGAAUAUAACCUACAAAGUAGGCUAUCAAUAAUAGUAUAUCAUUAUUGCUCUGAUACUGUGAUAAUUUACUGGUUCAAUGUCCAGAACUACAAGUGCAGCAUGGACAAUUAUUACACACAUUUACUGUGUACAUUUUGUCAUGCAGAACACAUACAUGAUGUUUAGAAAUGUUCUGAUACCACAGAAAGAAAAUGUGAAUAGAUAAUGGAAAUUUUUUUUUUACUUAUAUUUUAUUAUGCUGUUUCUGGAAAAACAAGUUGUUUACUACACUAUUUAAAACAUUUUUUAUAUCAUUUAUUAAUAUUAUAUAUACAAAUUAUUUUUUAAAUA